AUGACAACGCCGAGCACCCCGACCAUCUUGCCGCCUGGGUUUCAGGCCGCCGUCACUGGCUCCCUGUCGAGCCGUCAGAGUCAAGCGAGUGCGACGACUGGGUCUGCUGCGUCAGUGCCAUUGUACGAGGCGGUCGCAGUGCUGCUGGGCAUGGACGUCCGCUCGCUGUGGGCGACCGUGAGCCACAACGUCGAAAUCAACCGCGCCGAAGUCCUUCAUUGCCUUGCGCAGUGGUCACGCACUGCACCAACCCAGUCCGGGCCAGACAGCGAUUCGAUGGAGAACAAGACGACGACGACGAAGAAGAAGAGCAGCAUUCCCGACGACGCGACCCUGCGCGAGUACAUUCGGGACGCGGCAGAGGGCGUGCACUGGGCGGAGGAGCUCGAGCUGGUCGUUCUGGCAUACGUCUGUGUUGCUCCAAUCGUGAUUUUCUACAAGUCCGCCACCGCCGCCGCCGCCGCCGCCGCCACUGGAGACGCGAGCUCUGUGCAUGAAUUCAAGGCUCGGGCGUCGACGCUUUCGCAUGCGCUGCUGAACGGCAACAACGCAACUGCCGACCCGCUGUUCCUGCUGCUCGACUCGGACCAACCUGGCGGCCGGUUUGUCCCGCUCCAGCACGAGCGCCAUGCUGACCUGAGCUUUUCCUUGCAUGCCGUGGCGCAAGCAGCGCUGCUUGACACUGCGCACGACAACAAUGGCUUGCUGACUCUGUCCUCGUUCAUCCCGUCGCCACAGCCUUGCUUCUUCCGCAUUCUCGACAUUCGCGGGAUGGAUGAUGAAACCAAGAAGCACGUCAUCCAAGCGCCAAUGUACCAGCUCUACAAGCAAAUCUACCGUGGACCGCGCUACGACACGUCCGCCUUCUGCGACAAAAAGUUUGUCGACGAGCUCGCAGACUGCUUUGUCGUGGGCAUGGCAUUCAUCUUUGUGGCUCCCCCGGCUGGGCAGGCCCGCUCUACUCGUCGCUUGGUUGGAGGUGCAUACAUGAAAGUGAGGCCCCUCGUGCAUGCCAACCAGCAGCUGGGCAUUGUCGAAAUGACCUCUGGCUACCUGUCCGAGUUCCGCGGCAAGAACGUCACCACUGUCUUUUCCAUGACCACCUUGCGCACGUACCAGCGAGAGCAUCCCGAGCGGUCCCUCUACUUUUUCGACUUGCUCACGUCGUCAAUCACGUACAACAUGUGCAUCAAAAACUACCCGACGUGCUACCCGCGAUACGAUCGUGCCACGCCUGCUGAAAUUGAGUCGCUCAUGCUCAGGCUGAUUGACGACAUGCCCCAGUACGAUCUCAUCCCUGGCAACACUGAUCCGCUGGUCAUGCGAGGCGCGCAGGUCAAGGAGCCUCCUGCGCAGCUCUUUGCCCGUCUGACGCGCGGUGCCUUCGAACCGCCGCACACUCGCUACUAUUAUGAGAAGACCAAGUCCAUCAACAGCAGUGGCUUGCUUACGCUGACGCACAUCAAUCCCGGGCUGCCCGACCAGAUUUUGGAUGGGUCGGCGGCGCAAGACCGCAAGGUGUUUGCCCAACUGCUUGAACAGCAAAAGAUUUCUGCUUCUGCCCCGGCCACCGCUGCUACUACUGCUGCUGCUACUCCUGCUGCCGCUGGUCCGCCUCCGAGCCGCUUUGUGACGCCGACGGCCGAGUUUACCGAUUUCGCCUACUUGAUCGAGCUGCGCAACAAGCUGCUGCCCAAGCUCACCGGCAGCACCCUGAGCUCCAUGAUGCCAGAGCGUGUCACCAUUGAGCUUUCUGCGGACGACGAGAAUUACUGCCGUGACAUCCUCGGUCACAUGGGCUAUGUCGGUCCGAUCAAGUUUUGCGGCAGUCUCCCUGGCGUGAGCUACCGCCAGCGCGCCGACGUGUUUAGCUCCAAGACCAUGCAGGUCGUGUUCAAGCACGACGGCCACCCAGUCUUUGCGACGGUUGUGCCGCAGGGUGGAUUCAAUCCUUACACGGGUCCCAUCGGAGCCAAGUUUGUCGAGAUGAUUCUGCACGGCGACAUUCCAGUGACGGACAAGUACGUGCUUGAUCUUGGCUGUGGCAGCGGCAACGUGGGUCUUGCUGCCAUCCUGAUGGGUGCGCGCAAUGUCAUUUUCAGCGACAUUGACGCCAUGUACCUGCCCGAGAUUCAGAACAAUCCGCUUGUCAUCGUGGGCGACCACGACUUCCAGGCACAGUCCCUUGUCAGCGAGACCCUCAAGAAGGCUGACAAGCUGGAAAAGUACGACGUGCUCAUGAUGAGUACCCCGACGUUCAACAUGGAGGAGACAGACUCGGCAGACGCAAACUGCACCUCGGCGCUCUUCCAGAGCAAGCAAUUCCUGCGCGACCUCAUCGACCAGGCCGGCCAGAUUCUCAAGUACUCGGGCGACUUGGUGAUUUGGUUUAUGUUUGCCAACUUCCAGCCAGCCACCAUCACGACCUUUUUGAACUUUUUCAAGGGCCACUUUGACGUUCACGAAGUCGCCAUCCUCGCCAUCGAGCCCCAGGCCAAGAUUCCCAUCUUUUCAAAGGACGAGAUUCUCCCUGGCAACUACUAUGUCAUGUACCGCAUCCGCAAGACGGAAGCUUGCCAUGACACAAACGGAUUUGAGGCAAAGGUGAGCGGCGCGCUGCUCAAAAUUGCUGCUGCCCUGCGUCUCUCCGCCGCCAAGUAUUCCGAGCAAGACGAUGCAGGAAUGCGAGAGCUCGCUGUUGAGUUUGAGGCUGCGUCAGUUUCCUCCCAGCAUUGAGGAGCGAGUGAGAAUGUUUUGUGUUGUGUGUUGUGUGUGUGUGUGUGUGUGUGUGUGUGUGUGUGUGUGUGUGUGUGUGUGUGUGUGUGUGUGUGUGUGUGUGUGUGUGUGUGUGUGUGUGUGUGUGUGUGUGUGUGUGCAUGUGUGAGCUUUGAGUUGUUCUUGUUGUGCUUGAAUCCACGU